AAGCACUAUCAGUAGAAUUUUGCGAGAAAAUUCAUUUCAUCCAUAUCGAAUGUCACUUCACCAGGCCAUGACAUUGGACGAUCAUAGACAAAGACUGAUAUUCUGUAAUUGGAUUACUCAACAAUUACCUACUUUCCAUAGAAGUAUCUUGUUUUCUGAUGAGUGCACCUUCAAAAGUGACGGCGAAGUGAACACACAUAAUCUCCGUUAUUGGGCGCAAGAGAAUCCACAUUGGUAUCGAGAAAUCGAUCAUCAACGUAUCUGGAAAGUCAAUGUUUGGUGCGGAAUUGUUGAUACGCAUAUCGUCGGACCAUUUUUCUUUGAAGAAAAUCUAAACCGUUUUCUGUAUGUCGAUUUACUCGAAAACGAACUCCCACGUUUACUUGAAGAUAUUCCACUUCAACUACGUCUAAAUAUGUGGUUUCAACAGGAUGGAUGUCCAGCCCACACGUCUGUCAUUGCUCGUCAACAACUGAACCGCAUAUUUCGCGGCCAAUGGAUAGGUAAAUAUGGUCCACAUAACUGGCCACUACGAUCACCAAUUGAUCUUACAAUUUUGGAUUUUUAUUUGUGGGGAAGAAUAAAAGACCUCGUAUACCGCGAACGACCUACGACUUCAGAAGACAUGAAGAACAGAAUUCGAGAAGCCAUUCAGUCUCUAGAUCCUGUCGAAAUUCGUCGGGUGACGGAUGAUUUUCAACGAAGAAUAACAGCCUGCAUACAUGCACGUGGAGGACACUUCGAAAAUCUAGACUGAACACAUGCGUACGAACAAAGGUGACGGCAAGGGGAACCACCUUAAAAAAGCACCCCGACGAGGUGUAAGUCCGACCUUGUGACCUCCACGUGGUACAUCUUGGGUAACGCUGACACAGGCGGCAUCGACUGUUCAAGAUCUUGAUAAUUAGGAAUCUUUAAAAAUCGAUGUACACGACUACAAAUGAAUCUAAAGGUAGAAUUCAAAUUCACCAGCAGAUGGAUGCAUCAUAGCUAUGUAAAUACCUAGUAUUGUUUGAACUAUUUUUUGU